GUUAAUGAAGAGGGAAACUCAGCCAGGCUUUAAGGGCAGUUUCGUAAGUUUUCCCUGCCAUUCAGUGGCCUUGCCUCCUGGGCUGUUAUCAUGUGGAUCACCCUCCGCCCCUCUGCUGAUGGGAAAGCUGGGCAUAUUCCUUUAAAAGUAAGGGAGAUAAAGGGUUCUUUCUUUGCUGUGAACUCCUGCUAAUCAGUUUACUUUGGGGCAGAGGCAAAUCAAGCAACGGCACCCUUGGAAGGAAAAUAGGACUUGGGAAUUCAGAGCUGGGAGAGGCGGAAAAAAGCUGGCAAGUUCUCCCCUUUCCUUUUUUCUGGGACAGAGACCCAAAGGAAGAAACCAGGUACAAGAGAGCAGAAGCCAAGAAGACACGGGUGUUGGGCUCUCCAGCAUAUUGCGCCAAAGAAGGGUCACUGGAAGCGUGUUGCUGACUCUGCCACCCCAAACCUUUGUGUGGAGCAUGUCUGGUCUCACAGCUCUGUUCUGAGACAUCUAUCCAUCGUUUCCCUUGGAGAGAGAGUGGCCACAGAGGUUUCUUGCAGGUUCCGCAGCCUACAGGUGAGUUCCUGGACCAUGUUAACUAUAUACUUGUCUCCCCCAAGAGAAAACUCUGUUGCAAAAUCCUGUGGGUCUCCUUUGUCUUUCUGUAGCAUUCCCACCAAGGUGCCACCAUGUCUGUGCCAUCACCCCUGAGGGUGCUGCCCAGCCCCCCGAAUGCCACUGCAGGCAUUCCUGUGAGCAACGAGACCAAUGAGACGUUCUGCACAAGCAGCCAGCAGGUGGUGAUCCCUGGCGAACUCUUCCUGACCCUGGGGAUCCUGAGCUUUGUGGAGAACUUGUUAGUGGUGGCCGCCAUUGUCAAAAACCGGAACCUGCACUCGCCCAUGUACUAUUUCAUCUGCUGCCUGGCUGUGUCAGACAUGCUGGUGAGCGUCAGCAACCUAGUGGAGACCCUCUUCAUGCUUCUGCUGGAGCACGAGAUGAUGGUUGUGCAGCCGACCACCGUGAUGCACCUGGAUAACGCCAUGGACAUGCUGAUCUGCAGCUCCCUGAUGUCCUCGCUCUCCUUCCUCGGCGUCAUCGCCAUCGACCGCUACAUCACCAUCUUCUACGCCUUGCGGUAUCACAGCAUCAUGACCAUCCAGCGGGCCGUCACCAUCAUCGUGGUCGUCUGGGUGGUCAGCAGCAUCUCCAGCACCAUCUUCAUUGCCUACGAUGGCAAGGCGGUCAUCCUCUGCCUGGUCAUCUUCUUCCUCUCCAUGAUCACCCUGAUCAUGUGCCUCUACAUCCACAUGUUCAGCCUGGCUCACCAACACGCCCGCAGGAUCUCCAGCCAGCAAAGGAAGCCGUCGGCGCCCCACUUCACUAGCAUGAGAGGGGCCAUCACCCUCACCAUCCUGCUGGGCGUCUUCUUCAUCUGCUGGGGCCCCUUCUUCCUUCACCUGAUCCUCAUCCUCACUUGCCCUGAGAAGCCCGCCUGCAACUGUUACUUCAGAUACUUCAACCUCUAUCUCAUCCUCCUCAUUUGCAACUCUGUGGUGGACCCCAUAAUUUACGCCUUCCGGAGCCAGGAGCUCAGGAGGACUUUGAAAGAGGUGGUCUUAUGCUUUUGUGAUCUAGGGAAGCCAUUCGUUCUUCCUCUGUGAGGGCUCCAGGCCUUUCCCGUCAAGGUGUGCAGAGCAGAGGGUGAGGAUGACAAUGGCAGGUGCAGCAACAUUUUCCCAAUGCAGAAGAAGGAAGUGU